AUGCAGAGGGUGAUGUGGUGUGAAACCAUCAGGAAGCAUUUCGUCUCCAGCGCCAGCAUUUUCCAGAACGGCGGCCUUCCUGGAGUCUCCAGAAGUACAAGCUGUCAGGGUCUGUUCAGGAGGAAAGUCUCCAUCGCCAACAUGCUGGCGUGGAGCAGCGAGCCCAUCAAGAAGCCCAUGAUCAUGACGACGGACCGCACGGUGAAGCGCGAGGCCGUGGAGCUAUUCAGACUCAUCCAGAGCUACAUGGGCGACCGGCGGGGCAAAUGCGAGCCACUGGUGGUGGCUCUGGAGGUGGCGGUGAGGGGCUGGAGCUGCCAGGGUCUGCGGGAUGAGCUCUACAUCCAGCUCUGCCGACAGACCACGGAGAACUUCCGCUACGACAGUCUCCAGAGAGGCUGGGAGCUCAUGGCCAUCUGUCUGGCCUUCUUCCCCCCGACGCCUCGCUUCCACAGCUACCUGGAGGGCUACAUCUACAGACACAUGGACCCGCUCAACGACACCAAGGGAGUGGCGAUUAGCUGCUAUGCAAAAUACUGUUACCGUAAACUACAGAAAGCUGCGCUCACCGGAGCCAAGAAGGGUUUGAACAAGCCCUCGAUCGAGGAGAUCGCUCACGCUCGUAACGCCAUCUUCCGGCCCUCCAUGUUCGGCUCGUCUCUGGAGGAAGUGAUGGAGAUGCAGAAGGACCGUUAUCCCGACAGGCAGCUGCCGUGGGUUCAGACGCGUCUGUCCGAGGAAGUGCUGAACCUGAACGGAGACCAGACCGAGGGCAUCUUCAGGGUUCCUGGAGACAUUGAUGAAGUAAACGCUCUGAAACUACAGGUGGACCAGUGGAAGGUGCCCAUCGGCCUGGAGGACCCACAUAUUCCAGCGUCGCUGCUGAAGCUCUGGUACAGAGAGCUGGAGGAGCCGGUGAUUCCUCAUGAGUUUUAUGAGCAGUGUGUCAUGAACUACGACAGUCCUGCGGCUGCUGUCGACGUCGUCCUCAACCUCCCUCACAUCAACAAACUGGUGCUCUGCUACCUCAUCCGUUUCCUACAGGUAUUUGCUCAAGCCUCCAGCGUGUCCAUGACUAAGAUGGAUGUCAGUAAUCUGGCGAUGGUGAUGGCGCCAAACUGCCUGCGCUGCCAGUCGGACGACCCGCGGGUCAUCUUCGAGAACACGAGGAAAGAGAUGAGCUUCAUGCGCGUUCUGAUCCAGCACCUCGACACCAGCUUCAUGGACGGGGUGCUAUAGCACAAACACACACAUUAGCAUUCACACCUAACGCCCACACAUGAAUCACCCGGCAAACCUCCUCCUGAAGCCUCUUC